AUGAAUAAAGAAGGUCCUGGUUUCUUGUAUAAAGUAUAUUCUAUUUUAGAGGUAUCUCAUUCAAAAUAUUCUAGCAUUCAGAUUACGAUGAUAUUGUGAGUUGGAAUGACAACGGUGAUGGAUUUCAAGUGAAAGACAUCAAUAUUUUUUAGAAUGACAUAUUGCCCAAUUACUUUAAGCAUUCUAAUUUUGCUUCAUUUGUCAGACAGGUAUAAGUUAUAUUUAAGAAUAUAAGUUAAAUAUGUAUGAUUUUCAUAAGACAGAAAAGAAUUCUUUUAAACAUAAAUUGUUCAGAAGAAAUUAGAAGUAAAAUAUUAUAAAGACAAUAAAGAGAGUUGCUUCCCUAAAUAAAAAGAAAAGUAAAUGAUUAAAUUAUCAUACUGCCAAACAUUGAAUAAAUUAAUCAAGAAUUGUCAAUGUUAACGUUGAGAAAUUAAGAAUUGGAGUCUUUGUUUACCUAUAUCAUUCAACAAAGUGAUAAAUUAAAAAAGGAGAAUGCCUUUUUAUGGUAAGAAUUAUGUAAGAUAAAGUAAUACUUAUUCAGAUUUACUUAUCUAGAUAAAAAAACGAUCACUAAUAAGAAAAACUGUUCGAUUGGUUAACCAACAACAUUAGUGCAGAGUCUUUGUUCAAAAUUCUAGAAAAAAGUAUUACCAAAAAGGAUCUCAUUAAAUUGGUUUCUAGAGUCUUUGGAUAAGAUCAACAAAAUAAAAAAAUCAAAAAAGACUAUUUCAUUUGAA